GGAGUUGAAAGUUGCGUUUUUUAGAUUUGUAAGUGUUUUAGAGAUGGAUGAGAGUAAUCAUGGAGGUUCAUCAAGCUCACUCCCACCUUUCCUCACCAAAACAUACGAGAUGGUUGAUGAUUCUUCAUCCGAUUCAAUCGUCUCGUGGAGUCAGAGCAAUAAGAGUUUCAUCGUUUGGAAUCCGCCGGAGUUUUCUAGAGAUCUUCUUCCGAGAUUCUUCAAGCACAAUAACUUCUCAAGCUUUAUCCGUCAGCUUAACACAUAUGGUUUUAGAAAAGCUGAUCCUGAGCAAUGGGAAUUUGCGAAUGAUGAUUUUGUUAGAGGUCAACCUCAUCUUAUGAAGAACAUUCAUAGACGCAAACCUGUUCAUAGCCACUCUUUACCGAAUCUUCAAGCUCAGCAAAACCCGUUGACGGAUUCAGAACGACUGAGAAUGAAUAAUCAGAUUGAGAGGUUGACAAAAGAGAAAGAAGGAUUGCUUGAUGAGUUACAGAAACAAGACGAGGAACGAGAAGUGUUUGAGAGGCAAGUUAAAGAACUUAAAGAACGGUUACAACACAUGGAGAAACGUCAGAAAACAAUGGUUUCGUUUGUUUCUCAAGUAUUGGAAAAACCAGGGCUUGCUUUGAACCUCUCGCCGUGUGUUCCCGAAACAAACGAGAGGAAAAGAAGGUUCCCUAGGAUCGGGUUCUUUCCCGAUGAACCGAUGUUGGAAGAGAACCAACCAUGUGUUGUUGUGAGAGAGGAAGGCUCUACAAGCCCGUCUUCACACACAACAGAGCAUCAAGUGGAACAGUUAGAGUCAUCGAUAGGUAUUUGGGAGAAUCUUGUAUCGGAUUCUUGUGAGAGUAUGUUACAAUCAAGAAGCAUGAUGACACUUGAUGUGGAUGAAUCAUCUACUUGUCCACAAAGCCCUCCUCUUUCUUGCAUACAGCUAAGUAUCGAUACACGUCCCAAGUCUCCUCCUUCUCAAAGGAUCAUCGACAUGAACUCUGAGCCCGAUGUUUCGAAAGAGCAGAACACUGUUGCUGCUGCUCCUGCUCCUCCUCCAGUAGCAGGAGCGAAUGAUGUCUUCUGGCAGCAGUUUUUCUCAGAGAGUCCUGGCUCAACCGAGCAACGGGAAGUUCAAUCAGAGAGGAAAGAUGAUAAAGAUCAAGCCAUACGUAGUGAGAAAUGUUGGUGGAAUUCGAGGAAUGUAAAUACAAUUACAGAACAGCUUGGACAUCUGACAUCUUCAGAGAGAAGUUGAUAUGUCAAAGAUUAAAUUAUAGUCUGUUUUAGUUUCUUGUAAAAUAGGUUUUCUCAGUUUAUUUAUUACAUGUAUGAUCUUUCACAGUUCAUUGUAGCAGACUUCAAUGGUAAUGAUAAGCUAGACCUUAUGGAUAUUAUUAAUAAAAUGAGAUUGACCUC